AUGUAUCGUGUUUCUAAUAUAUACGUGCUCGCCGCAUUCGGCACCCUCGGUGGAGGUCUUUUCGGCUUCGAUGUCAGCUCCAUGAGCGCCUGGAUAGGUGUAGAUGCCUACAAAGAAUACUUCGGAUACCCCGACUCAAACCUCCAAGGUGGAAUAACAGCCUCCAUGUCCGCCGGCUCAUUUGCCGGCUCUAUACUAGCAGGCUGGCUAUGUGAUUACCUCGGUCGACGCCGCUCUCUAAUGGUCGCAUCUUGGAUCUGGAUCGUCGGUGCAAUGGUGCAAUGCAGUGCACAAAAUGUUACGCACCUGGUCGCUGGACGUGUAGUCAGUGGUCUUGCUGUUGGUAUUACAUCUUCUCAAACACCGGUUUACAUGUCUGAGCUUGCACCUGCAAGAAUCAGAGGUCGGAUUGUCGGUGUGCAGCAAUGGUCUAUCGAGUGGGGCAUGUUAAUCAUGUAUCUCAUUGCUUACGGGUGUGCGGUUGGUGUUGAGGGACCAUCCGCGUUCCGUAUUUGCUGGGGUAUUCAGGCCGUCCCGGGUCUUGUGCUCUUUAUUGCGCUGCUAUUUUUCCCUGAGUCGCCGCGUUGGCUGGCUGGCAAGGAGCGCUGGGAGGAGACGUUGGAUACCUUGGCUUUGUUGCAUGGCAACGGUGACCGGACCGAUCCUGCUGUACAGCUCGAAUUUGAGGAAGUGCAGGAAGCUGCUCGGAUAGCGCACCAAGCGAAGGAUGUUUCUUUCCUUGCGUUGUUUGGACCGAAGAUCUGGAAGCGGACUCUAUGCGGUGUGAGUGUGCAAGUUUGGCAGCAGUUGCUCGGUGGUAACGUGGCGAUGUACUAUGUUGUCUACAUCUUUGAAAUGGCUGGAAUGACUGGUAACUCUUCGCUCUACUCGGCCGUCAUUCAAUAUGUCAUUUUCGUCUUCACCACGGGUGUCAUGCUCCCUGUCAUCGACCGCAUCGGACGAAGGCAACUACUACUAGUAGGGUCAGUGAGCGCCAUGGCAAUCCACAUCAUCAUCGCCUCCGUUAUGGCCACAAAGGGACACGCCGUGUCCAGCGUCAACGGCAACGCCAACUUGACAUGGGAAAUCAAGGGAGAUGCCGGCAAAGCCGUGAUCGCGUUCUCAUAUAUCUUCACAGCCGUCUACGGCUUCACCUGGGCACCCGCAGCUUGGAUCUACGCAUCCGAAGUGUUCCCCCUCAAAUACCGCGCAAAGGGAGUCGGCCUCUCGGCAUCAGGAAACUGGAUUUUCAACUUCGCCCUCGCCUACUUUGUCUCGCCAGCCUUCCACAACAUCCAAUGGCGGACAUAUAUUAUCUUCGCUGUUUUCUGUUUCGUCAUGACAUUCCAUGUCUUCUUCCUCUACCCUGAGACUGCGGGACGGACUCUUGAGGAAAUCGAUAUGGUGUUUGAUGCGGAUGUUAAACCGUGGCGGACGAACGUCAUUUCCAAUAGAUUUGAUGAGGAGAUUGGAAGAAAGGUUGAUGGGGUCAAGGAGGAUGUUGAUCAUAAGGAAGUUGUUUAG